AUGGACAGAGAACUGCGGAGAAAAAAUCUGAUAAUAAAAGGAGUAAAAGAUGAAGAAAGCGGAAAUCGAGAAGAGACGAAAGAAGAUAAAAGGAAAGUAAUGGGAAAGAUUAGAGUUAACGUGAAUAUGGAAACAGAAGUUGAUGAAAUGAGAAGACUAGGGAGAUACGAGGGCAGAAAGCAGAGACCGAUAUUGAUCAAGCUGAUAACAGGAAAUAAGAAGAUGCAAAUACUCCAGCAAUCCAGGGAACUGAAGGGAAGUAAUAUAUGA